AUGCUAAGAGAAGCAUUCGUAAAUUCAAAAACUGGCGAUGGAAAUACAUUUAAUGAUAUUGCACAAAGCAGUGGCGAAGAUUUUUGGAAGGCAUUACAAGGACCUAUCUAUUCACGGUUGUAUAAUAUUGAUAACAUUGAAUCUAAUACACCAAAAACUGACUAUGGUUAUAUAUAUAAUGAAAAUAAAAUUCUUGGAGUUGCCCGCUUAAGACAAGUUCGAGUUAAACCAAAUUCUUGUGAACUUCAUAAAGAAUUUGCUAAACGAAAUUUUACUCAAGAAUGUUAUGCAGAAUAUACGAUUGAUAAAGAAGAUCAAGAUUCAUUUGGUAAUAAUUCAUUAAAUAUCUUUACAUCUGAUGUUUGGAAUUAUACAUCUGCUAAACAGACUAAAACAAGUGCACAUGCAGGUGUUGUAUCUGAAUAUGGUGGUGGGGGUUAUGUACAAUUGUUUACUCGAAAUGCUAAUACAACAAUGGCAAUUCUUCGAGAAUUAGAAAGAAAUUCAUGGAUUAAUCGAGGUACACGAGCGAUAUUUUUUGAUGUUAUUGUCUAUAAUCCAAAUAUUAAUCUAUUUUGUCAUAUACGGUAA